CGCUUUAGGCGUUGCAGUUGCAGAGGGAGAGAGAGAGAGAGAGAGAGAGAGAGAGAGAGAGGGUUCCCCAUUAAUAUCUUUGCUGUUCAACCAUGGCUUCGUCUACAGAGCUUAAUCCUCUGAAGCGAAGUUUCGAACAACUCACAGAGUCGGAGUCAAAGAUGUCGCCUGGUGAUGAAUGUGAAGUUACAGAAGCGAAUGGACUGAUUCCGAAGGAAUUCAAUGCAAGGAGUUACCAAAAAAAGGUUUUCCAAGUCGCUCUUCGGAAAAAUACGAUCGCUAUGUUGGAAACUGGUGCAGGGAAAACAAUGAUCGCUGUGAUGCUCAUAAAAGAAAUAGGGCAAGCAAUGAAGAUGAAUGCAGAAAAAAAGUUGAUUAUAUUUCUGGCACCAACUGUUCAUCUUGUGAAUCAGCAAUUUGAAGUCAUUAAGAUUCAUACGAAUCUCAAAGUGGAAGAGUAUUAUGGCGCUAAAAAAAUUGAUGAAUGGAGUGCUGAAAGUUGGGAGAAAGAAAUAAGAGAUCAAGAUGUAAUGGUUAUGACACCCCAAAUUUUAUUGGAUGCUUUGAGGAAGGCAUUCAUGACUAUAGAAAUGGUAUGCUUAAUGAUAUUUGAUGAAAGCCAUCGUGCUAUAGGAAAUCAUCCAUAUACAAAAAUAAUGAAGGAAUUUUAUCACAAAUCUGGAAACAAGCCAAAAAUCUUUGGAAUGACCGCAUCCCCUGUAGUUAGAAAAGGUGUAUCAUCAAGCAUGGAUUGUGAGGAUCAAAUUUCAGAACUCGAAUGCAUCUUAGAUUCGAAGAUUUGUACCAUAGAGGACAAAGCUGAACUGGAAUUAUAUGUUCCCUCUGCAAAAGAAAUCACUAGAUAUUAUGACCCCAUUAGCUUUCGUUGUGAGGAUUUAAAGGCAAAGUUGAAUUCUUCAUUGUCUAAGUCUGAUGCUUUGUUGGUUGAGAUGCAAGGGAAAUUGCCUAGUCAAUUCAAAGACACUGAUGAGAUAUAUAAGAAAUUGAGAAAACGUUUAUCCAAUCACCAUUCAAAGAUUCUACAUUGUCUGGAUGAUCUUGGCCUUAUAUGUGCUCAUGAGGCUGCGAAAGUAUGUUUGGAAAAUGUACCUAUAUUAGGCACUACGGAGGAGGAACUUUAUAGAGCUAGUUUUCUGCAGUGUAAAUAUUUUCUUGAAGAAGUGCUACGUAUAAUUGAAGAGUGUUUGCCAUCUGACUAUGAAAAAUUUCUAGAUGUUGGGACUCUUGGUCUAGAGGCCCUUGAAAUGGGUUUUAUAUCUCCAAAGUUAUAUGAACUGAUCCAAAUAUUUCAAUCUUUGGGGGGGACUAGGCAAAUUUUAUGCCUCAUUUUUGUUGAAAGAAUUAUCACAGCUAAAGUAAUUGAAAGAUUUAUUAAGAAGCUUAAUUAUUUAUCUCAUUUUUCCGUUUCAUAUUUAACUGGUGGGAGUUCAUCAGUUGAUGCACUAACACCAAAAAUGCAAAAGAAAACUCUGGAUUCAUUUCGCCGUGGCGAGGUUAACCUAUUGUUCGCUACUAAUGUGGCUGAAGAGGGAAUUGAUGUGCCAAACUGCUCCUCUAUAAUACGCUUUGACUUGCCAAAGACAGUUCGUAGUUAUGUCCAAUCACGAGGACGAGCUCGCCAACCUGAUUCUCAAUAUGUGACUAUGCUUGAAAGGGGAAACAUAAAGCAACGGGAUCUAUUAUUUGAAAUUAUCAGAAGUGACCGUUCUGUGACGGAUACCACUUUGAAUAGAGACCCCAAUGCAUGCAUUUCUAGAGUGUGUUGCGUUGAUGAAACAAGUGCAUAUGUUGUGGAGUCAACUGGAGCAUCAGUUACAGCAGAUUCCAGUAUUGGUCUAAUCUACAGAUACUGUGAAAAGCUCCCUGGAGACAAGUAUUACACUCCAAAGCCAAAUUUUCAAUUCUCAUUGUCUGGAGGAUCUUAUGAGUAUACAUUAUCUUUACCUCCUAAUGCGGCGUUUCAAAAAGUAGUUGGCCCUGCAAACAGAAAUUCUCAUAUAUCAAAACAGCUUGUGUGCUUGGAGGCCUGUAAGAAAUUACAUCAAAUGGGGGCCCUUGAUGAUCAUCUUCUCCCUUAUAUUGAAGAUCCUUCAAGAGAUGCUGUUAUUGAAAGAACUGAGGAAUCUGCUUCAGGAGCGGGAACGACAAAGAGGAAGGAAUUACAUGGAAGUGCCAGGGUCCGUGCAUUAUCUGGAACAUGGGGAGGCAAACCUGAUGGUGUUAUAUUACAGGCAUAUAAAGUAAAUUUCUCCUGUAAUCUUGUUGGAGAGUUCUACUCUGGAUUUGUCCUUUUAAUUGACUCAAAACUUGAUGACGAAGUAGCAAAUGCAGAAGUGGAACUUUACUUGAUCCCUGACAAGUUGGUCAAGUCAUCUGUUUUCCCAUGUGGGGAAGUCCAUUUGGAUGCAGAGCAGGUGAAGAAGUCGAUGUGUUUCCAGGGAUUUUUCUUUAAUGGAUUAUUUUUAACUUCUAAGAAACGAAAAGAAUAUCUAAUCAAGACAGAAAACAAAUCCUUGUGGUGCAGUUCGAACAUGUAUCUGCUUUUACCACUUGAGCUUCCAGACCCUGCAAGUCAUGAAUCUGUGAGAAUUAACUGGAGGGCCAUUGAUGGAUGUGCUUCAGUGGUUAACUUUUUGAAGGAAAAAUCAAAUUUCAGUGCUGAUCACUCUUUCAUCAGUGAAAAAGGGGAUUCAUUAUUUUCUAGCACUAGUUUGUCUGACACAGAAUGCAAGAGCUCUGAAGUUGUUCACUUGGCUAAUGUUUCUGUUAAUUUUAAUGAUUUGGUAAAUAUGGUGGUAGUGGCCGUUCAUACUGGGAGAAUUUAUUCUGUUCUUGAUGUGAUGAUUGGUACAUCUGCUGAGAGUCCAUUUGAUUUGACUUCUGAUGCAGUCCCAUCAAAUUAUUCCUCUUUCAGAGAAUACUUCAAUAAGAAAUAUGGCAUUUUACUGAUGCAUCCAGGUCAGCCUCUGUUGCUGUUAAAGCAAAGCCACAAUGCACACAACCUUCUUCUUGCAAAGCCAAAUGAAGGUGGUUCCCUAUGUAAGGAGACCCCUGAAGCUGGUGGGGUUGUUGAAAAGCCACAAAAUCAUGUCCACAUGCCUCCAGAGCUUCUAGUUAGCAUUGGUGUAUCAAUUAAUGUUUUGAAAACAUUUUACUUGUUGCCUUCUUUGAUGCACCGUUUGGAGUCCCUAAUGCUGGCCUGUCAGCUCAGAGAAGAAAUCGCUUGUCACCCAAAUGACAGCCCUAUAUCAAGCUCUCUGAUCCUGGAAGCACUUACAACACUUAGAUGUUGUGAAAAGUUUUCUCUUGAGCGUUUGGAAUUGUUAGGUGACUCAGUAUUGAAAUAUGCUGUGAGCUGCCAUCUCUUUCUUAGAUAUCCCAAGAAACAUGAAGGGCAAUUGUCUGCCCGUAGGUCCUGGGCUGUUUGCAACUCAACACUACAUAAAUUGGGAACAAAUCGCAAAAUACAGGGUUAUAUACGGGACAGUGCAUUUGAUCCACGUCGUUGGGUUGCUCCAGGACAGCUUACUUCCCAUCCUGUUUGUUGUAAAUGUCUGGUGGAUACUAAUGAAGUGCCUCUUGGAAGAAAAUUUAUAACUGAAGAUACUUCUGUGGUUGUUGGAAAGAUUUGUGAUAAAGGUCAUAGGUGGAUGUGCUCUAAGACUAUAGCAGAUUGUGUCGAAGCACUGAUAGGAGCUUAUUAUGUUGGUGGUGGAUUGAGUGCUGCCCUAUUAAUAAUGAAAUGGUUUGGUAUAGAUGUUGAGUUUGAGCCCAGAUUGAUAGAAGAAGCCAUUAAUAGCGCAUCUGUCUGGAGUUACACCCCUAAUGUUAAUGAACUAGAGAUGCUGGAGUCAAAGCUUGGCUAUAGGUUUUCUGUGAAGGGUCUUCUGUUGGAGGCUAUAACACAUGCUUCUCUUCAAGAAUUAGGUGUUGGGUACUGUUAUCAGAGGCUUGAAUAUUUGGGCGACUCUGUAUUGGACCUGCUUAUUACUUGGUAUCUCUAUCAAAAUCACACAGAAAUUGAUCCAGGGGAGUUGACUGACUUGCGAUCAGCAUCUGUUAAUAAUGAAAACUUUGCUCGAGUUGCCGUGAAACACAACCUUCAACAGCAUCUUCAGCAUGGCUCAGGGGUGCUUUUAGGACAAAUAACAGAAUAUGUGAAAUCUGUUUCACAGACUCAUGAUAACACUAGGUCUCUUCAAGGCACAAAAGGCCCCAAAGUUCUCGGGGACAUGGUGGAAAGUAUUGCAGGAGCAAUACUAAUCGAUACAAAACUUAACCUUGAUGAAGUUUGGAGAAUUUUCAGACCUUUACUUUCACCUAUUGUGACACCUGACAAACUUGAGUUGCCUCCCCUGCGUCAACUACAUGAAUUAUGUGAUCAUCUUGGAUACUUCAUAAAAGAGAUGUGUGUAACUAAGGGAGACGUGGUUCAUGCUGAACUUCGUUUACAACUGAAAGAUGUCCUUUUGAAAGGUGAGGGAUGUGAGAGGAAUAGAAAAGCAGCAAAAGGGCGAGCAGCACUUCAUUUGUUGAAAGACCUAGAGCAGGAAAGAGGUGUUUCACAUUCACUUUAUGUUUCUAAGCAGAAGAAACUGGAACCUGCUGAUGGUUCAUCUUUCAUGGACAUGGCUGUUUACCACCAUCUUCAACCAAAUGAUGAGGCAGUUGUGGGACCAGUCACUCAUAAAAAACUAAAGACAAUUGAAGACAUGCUGCCUGUGGAGCCACCUGCGAAUAAUUCCCUUUUGGAGGAUGGUUUUGAGAAAGUCUGUGACCCCAAGCUUGCUUCUCCAGUAAGUGUAUCAAUUAACUUGCAGAAAGGAGGCCCUCGAUCCUCCCUCUAUCAGCUCUGUAGAAUGUUACAAUGGCCAAUGCCUACUUUCCAUUCGGUGGAACACAAGUCGAGAGUGCCAAUUGAAUUUGGUGAAGGUUCCGAAAGACGCACGGGUUUCAGCAGUUUUAUAUCAAAAAUUUCCUUGCACAUUCCAAAUAAUGGUGUUAUUGAAUUAACGGGAGAUCAGAAAGCUGAUAAGAAGAGUUCAUUUGACUCUGCAGCACUCCUCAUGCUUUAUGAGCUUGGAAGACAGGGGAGAUGUGUGAUUGGGGAUUAGUUGACAGGAUUUGAUAUAAUUUAAGCACAUUAUUACUUGUGCAAUAUACAGGAAGAACCCCAGAAUGGCAGUUUUUCUUGUUGUUCCAUUAUCUUAAAACAGU